AUGGUCAAGAAACAGCGGCCCUGGCUAUUGGCCUCAGAGCCUCGCAUGCGCAUCCGUACCCUCCUACCAGACCUCUUCCUCGGUGACCACCUUCCAGGACCCCUGAAUUCUUUGACUGACGUGCCUGGCAUCGCAAUCUCGACUCAAGAGAUCACGUCUUUGGACGGAAGCAUCAACACUGGAGUCACAUGCAUUAUCCCACGCAAGGACUGGUUCCACAAAGCCUGCUAUGCCGGUCUUUUCAGCUUCAAUGGCUACGGCGAAAUGACCAGAAGCCACCUCAUCGCGGAGGGUGGACUGUUGUGCUCGCCUAUCGUCUUGACCGGUACUUUUGGCAUUGGAGCUGCUCAUCAAGGGAUUCUCCAAUACGGUGUCGAGACUAAAGAUGAAGCAAGGAAGAAGGUAAAGAAAGAGCUGGAGAAGGCCAAGGAGGAGAAAGAUGGCAGUAUCAUUGUCGUUAUCGCCACAGAUGCACCGUUGCUACCUCAUCAACUCACUCGAAUUGCCAAACGGGCUACUGUCGGACUAUCUUGA